UCCAGGUCAAUGUUCUCAAUAUCGUUACAAUUACGACACAACAUCAUUACAGGGCCAAAGUUCUGCAGAAUUUCCGUUUCACGAUACAACUUUUCAUGGAAGCGCUUCACAACUACAUGACGAUGUCCUAGAAGAAGAGCGUGAGGGUUCGGACGAGGGAUCAGAGAGUUCGUUGGAGGAUGUCGAUGCGGCCUUGGAGGCCGACGGCUUCGAGGAUGACUACAUUGAUGGACAAGGAAAUACAGUUCCGACACACAAGCCGCCAUGUCCCAUGUACACGCAAGACACAUGGUCAAACAUUAUUGACCCCAGUCCACCAAUGCCGACCCGAAGUCAUCUGGGAUGGGACGGGAUAUCAAAAUUUUUUGAGGGACAGGUGAUUUUUUCACAAUUCGUUCUAUUUGAGUCAUAAUCAAAUUGUAAAAGUCGUGCACAUUCAUUUUGAUAAGUUAUUUUCCCGCAGUUAUUCUCUUCAAAGGAUGAGUUGCAAUAUGCUAUGAAAAAAUUUUGCAUGACAAGGAAUUACGUCGUCAAAACAGACAAAUCUUCACCCAAUCUAUUAUCUUACAAAUGCAAUAACAAGACGUCCUGUGGGUGGCGACUUCGAGCAUCUAUCAAGGCUAAUUCAGACAUGUGGAAAGUCACAAAAUAUACAGGGCCCCACUCAUGCUUGGCUGUGAAUGUCACCCAAGAUCACACAAUGCUUGAUGCUUGUUACAUGGCAAAUGAGAUGACCGAAAUUAUCGGGUCAAAUUUCAGUACGAAGAUCAAAACGCUGCAGUUAUUCAUUAAAAAGUUAACAGAGGGAUACAUGCCAUCAUAUUCAAAGACGUGGGCAGCUAAGCAGUUGGUUAUAUCGCGUUUGCACGGGGAUUGGGACCAAUCUCAUGCAACACUCCCAGUAUUCCUACACGUCCUCGAACAAGCCAAUCCGGGUACGCGCACACUGUUGUUAUACAAGGAUUCAGGGUUACCAGGAUGUGCCACAUUUGACAGACUAUUCUGGGCAUUCGCACCGGCAAUCGAAGGGUUCAAGCAUUCUCGGCCAAUAAUUUCUGUUGAUGGAACCUUCCUCACGGGAAGGUACAAAGGGACGUUACUUGUUGCAGUCACUCAAGACGCUGAGAACCAAAUAAUGCCAAUUGCAUUUGCCGUAGUCGAAAAGGAGGAUAGGGACAAUUGGGGAUGGUUCCUCACUUGCAUCAGACACUUUGUAACCAAACGACAAGGCUUGUGUCUUAUUUCAGACAGGCACUCCGGCCUCAUGUCAUGGCUGGAGGAUGAUUCAGCAUAUGAGUGGAGGCCCCCACAUGCUUACCAUCAUUACUGUCUCCAUCACUUGGGAUCAAACUAUCAUCGUCGAUUUGGGAAAUUAGUGGGAAAAGAAGUCAAAGUCUGCGCAAUGGAAUGUCAAAAGAAAAAGUUCAAGGGCAAACUUCACCUACUCAACAAUAAUCAAUGGACGUUCGCAUACGAUGGAGGUAGGCGGUACGGCAGCGAAACUACCAAUUGCUCUGAGAGCUUCAACGGGGUCGUAAAAGAAGCCAGACACCUUCCGAUCAUGGCAACUGUUAUGUUUACCUUCUACAAGUGUGUAGAGUACUUUGACGAUAGGCUGGUGAAGUCAAUGGAUACAAAAGCCAAAGGGAAUCAUUUCAGCUUAUAUGUGAAGAAAAAGUACGAUCAUUGGAGGGAAAAUGCAAUGGGACACGAUGUCAUUGUGUUCAACCGGGCAGCGGGCUUGUUUGAGGUACAUACGCCAAUCAAUCGAACGAGCCCAUACAAAGGAAAUAACAAACACAAAGUUGACUUGACGAACAAGACGUGCACUUGCAAUAAGAUUCAGUUGUGGAAAAUACCCUGUUUGCACGUUAUUGCGGUUUGCAACAAAAUGCAUAUUGACCCUCUUGAUUACUUUGGCAAAUAUUGGACGGUCGAUACAACAAUUGCCAUGUAUGGAUCUCUCUCAUUCAAGCCACUGCCUGACCAAGCCUACUGGCCGCCAUACGAUGGGCCAAGAAUUCUUCCAGACAAAGAACGUCUCCGAGGCCGAGGCCGCCCGAAAGUGAAUCGAAUCCGAAAUGAAAAUGGAUGAUUUGAUUGAGCACCAACCGCCACAGACGUGCUCAAAGUGUGGUCAACAAGGUCACAACAAGAGAAGAUGCGG